GGGCACUAUAACAGUUCAAAAUUUUGAAAUUCUCAUAAUUAUACUGAAUAAAUCUGGACACGAUGAACAGCAAGUUAUACUUUGUUUUAUUGGCAUUUAUCAUCAAUGGAGUGGCCUGUUUUCGACUGUGUAGAACAUGCACGCACAUAACAGAUCCGGACGACUGUAACAUAUUUGCGGACUGUGGCCACAAAUUAUGUGCAACAGACGUCAUUAUUCAUAACGGACAAUACGAAUAUUCGUUCAGCUGUAAAAAUACUGGAGAGUGUACAAAUUAUAUGGAUUUUGGAGUUGGCAAACGGGACGGCUUCGUCGUAUGUAGCAAGUGUUGCGAUCACUCCGGCUGUGAAAAGAAUCAGUGCUCGGACUAUUUUACCACCAUACCCACGAGUACAGUUACAGCUACACCAACGACUACAGCUACUACAACACCAACGACUACAGUUACAACUACACCAACGACAACUGAUUUCAACAUGUAUUCCGGCUACACCACUCUACGCAAAUCGUGCGUUGACGAGGAAGAUAACACAUUUCACUGCGCUGAUGCGGACAAGACAUUUACGAACUUUUGCACCGACCCUCAUUCAAUCGCUUAUUCAAUAGCCAGCCAGAAGUGUCGGCGAUAUUGCAACAUGUGUAUCUUUACCGAUACAACCCUUCCACCGACACCUACCACUACCACUACCACUACCACAACUACAACAACCGAUUCUGCUACAUCGGAUCCUGCUACUAUUACAUCUACGUCAAUGAUGAAUGCAAACAUAACAACACCGACGACCCUUUGCGUAGACCUCGAGGAUGCAAACUUCCAGUGCGCCAAUUGGAAACAAAGUGGUUUUUGUGCCCCGACUUUCGGUGUAGAAUAUCAAAUUGCGCUCCUACGUUGCCAGCGGACAUGCGGAAUGUGUCAGCCAUAAUGACGCAUAAUGACAAAAUUAUAUAUUUGUACAAAUAACCAUAAAUAAAUUCAUUGAAUGGAU